AAGUUCAAUGUAUAGUCUCAUUCUUUACCUGCGUUUCCUUUCUUUGCAUUAACAUGUACCUAUAUGGAUUGGCUAUGUGCGCUAUACAAAUCCCUAAAAAAUAACCUUAAAACUAUGUGUCUUAUUUAGGAUUUUAGUGUAAUUAAAAAUGACGGCACACGUUAUGUGUCUCACCUCGUCUGGAGGAAUACCUAUUUUUGCACGCAAAAAGGGCGAAGGUGAUAUGAUGACUUUUUCAAAAAUGGCAUCAUUGAAUGGAGUUCAUAUGUUUCUCAAGUCACAAAAUAUGGAACUGCUAAAUACAAAUAUGCCUGAUACUACAGUCGUAUGGAAAGAGUAUGAAGAAUGUAUUACACUUAUUGCAAUUGCCAGUGGAACAACAAAGCGUGUUCUUAAUCAAUUUCUUGAUGCAGUAUUCAGUGCAAUGAUUUUGGUCGUUGGUAUAGAUGAUAUUAAAAAUCCCAGGAAUGUGGAAAGACUUAAAAGAGAUCUGCGGAUUUGUAAUCCCAUUAUAGACAGAUUGUUAGAGUGUUUGGAUGUUGGAGAUCGAAUUUCUACAAAGACUGACUUAGUUGAUUUGACGGAGAGUAUUAUGUGCCCUGAAAAUCAUUUGUUGCAGGCUUGCUUAGAAGCUUAUGUGGAAUGCUUGGAUUCAAUGUAUGGUUGCAUUUUAAUUCAUGGUAGCUUAUCAGUUGCAACUGAAAGUUGGUGGUGUCUUGAUCCUGUAGAAAGGAAACUCUUAACAAUAGCAGCUACAACCGAGGACAGCUGUACUGCUAGAGACCUUCCAGUAUUUUUACCAAACAAGAGCCCGAAUGUAGCCUUCAGACUUGUAUCUGUAACUCUGGUGAAUCACAUUGAAGUAUUGUCUUUAUGUGGACCAACUCCAGAAUUAUCAGAAGUUGAAAGACUAGCUAUUCAAUGCUGGAGAAGUAGUAUAGACAUAUUACGAGCUGCUGAACAGUCUUACACAAAAAAUUUUCCUUUCAAUAUAUCACUGGACUCUGGCAUAUUGGGAUUCCUGCUCGUGAAUUACAGAAUUGGCAAGUUCGUACUGAGUAGAAAUCCCCAAAACACAAAAAACCGCGUCACGGGAACUCAUCGCCUGGAUAUUUUAAGAACUUUCUAUCAUCAAGCUGUAGAGACAUUCCUCCUUUCUGAAGACAUUGAAGAAUGUCAGACAGAUAGUACAGAAACUCCAAAGAGACUAAAUCAACAAGAAAAUGGGCAAAAAUUUGAGGGGGCUAAAGAAACAUAUUGGUGCUCAGAAUAUCACAAGUGUCAUGCUGUCAAAGAGGGGGAUCAAGUUUUUUGUGUUUUAUAUUCAGCAACAGUCCCUACACAUACCAUGAGACUGAUCACUCAUAAAACAUUAAAAACGCUCUUAGCCGAUAAACAACUUUGUUGGUAAAUAAUAUAAAAUACAUAGCACAAGAGACUAUAAUAAAAACUUGCGAAAUUCAACACAGAUGAUGUGACCAUGUAAAAAUGGAUGCAACUUACAAUGAAUAUUUUAUGCGAUAUUUUUUAUACUGUAUUUCAAAUGUUUCAAGAUUUUAUUAAAUCUUAAAUAUAUUGCUCAUCGAUGUAGCUGCUUCCUACUCCUUUCCUAUUAGUUAUCUAAACUGGACAUCUAUUAUGUCA